UGCGAUUCAACUGCAAGCCAGGGUGCAGCAGGGAGCACUGUGGCCAGACUGAAAAUAACAACUCAACUUCCUCUGUAGCAUACAGCAGCUGAUAAAUACUGGAAGGAUUAAGAUUUUUUAAUAGAAAUUAAAGAAAGAAGAAGAUGAAUUCCAUACUGUUCAGCAUCACCCUCUUCCUUAUUUCCAUACAUUGUGUGUCAGGUGAAUAUGGAACACAAGAGACACAUUACCUGGAUGUUGUAGAAGGAGAUUCUGCUACAAUUUUCUGUUCUUUUCAACAGAACAUUGAUAUCAGAGGUUUUUCAUUUAAGAAAUCCCGCAAAACAAUUCUACAGAUUUGCUUUUUCAGCAAUGAAAACUUUACUGAGCUGUCACUUUCUGGGACAAUCGAAAAUCUCCAAUGUGAGUUCAAAACAGAAGCCAAAUCCACAUGUACAGUCAGAACAGACUUGACUGAAACACCAGAAGACGAUCCCUGUCCUCCUCCUCCAGAAAACAGCGCACAAAAAUCUCUCUACCAUGGAAAUAAAAUAUUUGCUUCGAUCUCAGUUGAUCGUGGUUACACAAGUCGCCUGGACAUUUCCGGCAAUGUAUGGAAUCUUAAUUUUACUCUAGAACACCUGACCCUACCUGACAGCGGUUCAUUCUCCUGCGGUGGCAAUGCUGAACAUAUAGGGGAAUUCUAUGCAGAUAGCACCCAACUUACAGUAAAUAAAAAAGGGUCAAUGGGCACUUUAAAAAUAAUCUUUAUUGUCCUCCUCAUUGUCCUCAUAAUAAUAAUAUGCAGCUUGGCUAUAUGGAAACCUAACCAACUAAUGGUGUCUAUUCCUUUACAGCAGACACCAGGGAAGUCAUUAAUGACUCAUUACAUUCUAUUAGAUACAAUAGACACCAAAGUUUAUAUUAAUAAUCCACUACAUUGCAGGAAUAUUACUAUUUCAGUAGACACCAGGGAUGUUAUUAUUAACCCACUAGAUACUAUUAACACUGCUGUUACUACACAAGACCCCAGAGAUGAUAUCAGUAAGCUGCUGGAUACCAAGGAUAUUUCUAUUUACACAGAGGACACUCAAAAUAUUUUAUGA